AUGAGUAUUGUCGAACUUCAGCAACAAGAAAAUAAUGGAAACAGCUCGAGUAAUUCUUGUGUUUUACCGCAGCUUCGAGGACAAGCGCAAAGACCAGUUGCUCGAGCAGACAAUGACUUUUUACCACAAGAAUUAAUGGUUGCUUUACGACAAUCAGCCUUACCAAGUGAAUAUUUAGGUCCGUCAACUACAGCUCAUGGACAUAAAAGUUCGCGAGCAUUGCCACCGGGACUUUCACGUCGCCCGGACAAUGCAUGGCAUUACGCAAGACAACGAGAAAAGUACCGUUUUCUACUUGAACAGAACCCAUGUACAUGUGGCGCUGGACAUGAUAUAUCCUUUUUAUGUGAAGCAGCAACGCCGUGUUUGACACACGAUCAACAAAAUAAACCAUCUGCUGCACAACGACCUAAUGACAAAAGUGCUGUACGAGCACUUCCGAUUGAUCCAAACGAAUCGAAUAUUGUCUUACCGGAAUCGAUCGUUCCACAAGAAUUUCGCUUGGUUAAAAAUGUUGGAGUCGCUCCUUUAGAAGUUUACGAUGAUAAAAAUACGACGAUCACUGAAGAACAUCUUCGUCAUGUUACUGUUUUUCCUUCUCUAAAGCCAGUCAGCCGUGCGGAAGUAUUGAAACUAAAACACACGAUGAACGCUUUGUUAGAACGAAUAACUAUUGAGGAUAGUGAUUUACAAGGACAAACUCAACUUCACAAUUUACUUGAAUUGAUCAAAGAAGAACAAAACAUAUAUAAUAUUGUUUUUCACGAAAUCAUUCGUCAAGUCAGUGUAGAAUGUAAAGAACGUGGUGAAUUGUUAGGCAAACUUCGUGAACGUUAUUCAUCAUUGUUAUCACGUGUACCUCGACAAGUGAAAAGUUUAUACGAAGAAUUAAUCGCUCAACGUGCGCUUGACCGUCGUCUAGCUGAACAAUUAAUUCAAUUCAAAACAACUGUUGGCACACUUAUGCUUGAAUUGGAAGAUGUGCGUGAACAUGAUCGACGAGUAACUGAAGAAGCUGAAAUAGCUCAACGAGAUUUGAAACAAGCAUUACUCGAAUCACAAAAGAAUGCAUCACUUCUAACCGAAUAUCAUGAAUUAUACGAUUUACAACGAAAACGUUUAGAAAAACAGGCCAAUGUUAUAGCAGAGGAACGAGAACUAUGGCGUGAUGCAGCACAAACAAUCGCUUUGAAAGUCGUUAUGGAACAUAAAUUAACGACUGCGAAAACUUUAAAUCUUGCCGAACAGGCAUGGUAUUCCUUGGCAAACCAUUUUGCUAUUUAUCUCAUGGACAAAGAUACGGUCGAUUUGACGGAUGUACAGAAGGCGGCCAAUACAUGGCGAGAAAUCAUUGAAACAUUUGAUCGUGAACAAGAACAACGAGAAUAUGAAACAUCGAAAAAUCUCAAUCGUUUAGUACAUUCAAUUGAAACGCUUCGAAAUACAUUUCGACAAAAUCAUUUGGAUCCUGAUGGAAAACUGUUAAGUAUUCCCGAUUCGAAAAAGACAAUUGAAUAUUUGACUCAAACGCGAGUGUGGGAAGAAUUAUGUACUCAUGAAGUGGAAAAGUUUGGUGGUGAUACAAUACUUGUUAACGAGGAACGAAUGAAAAAAGCUGAUAGAAAUUUGAAACGAUGGAUUGAUAUGACAGAACGAUUGUUAAAUCGUCACCCAUCAUCGACUACAGGUGAAAGUAGCGAACAAGAAGCAUUAAAAGAUCUUUUCGAUUGUAUUUAUCUUCUUCAUUCUCAAUAUCGCAUACGAAUGACAGGCGAAAAUGGUCUGGCACAAUCGAUUAUCUUCUUUGUUAAUGUACUUGAAACAUGGAAUAGUAAAUUGAAUACUUAUGCGCAUGGAAGUGGUAAGUUGAAUGAAGCAGCAUGGCAUGCAUUUUAUGGACAGAUGGAAGAAUGGUUUGAUGCAAUAAAUAAAACAAUGACGUAUAUUGGAAAAUCAAUGCGAUUCGGGGAAACGGCUGAUUCGGGAAAGAAGAAAGAUGAAGGAAAACGGAUAGUGGAUGCUACAUCGGUCUUACAGCAAGCAAACAAGGGUCUAGUUUCUCUUCGUCAUUACAUUGAAAGUCAUAAUAGUCGUAUUUCGGAUCGGGCACUUCAACUCGAUGCUAAAAUGGUUCAUUGGCUCAUACAAAUUCUGAUCGGUCUUGCUCCAAACCAACCAACACUAUCAGCUGAAGCUCGUGAGCAUCUCGACGCUAAUCGUAUACCUACAGUUAACCUGAUCAAAAUACAAAAGGAUCUGUGUGAAGAAAUAACCUACAUGACUGGUUAUAUCAUCAAAUGUUGUACAAGUUUGACUGCUGAAGAAACCAUCAAUAAAAGAUUAGAACAACGCAUUGGUCCGGAACUCGAAGUUCUUGAUCUGAAACGUAUGCAGGAUGAAUGUAACGAUUGGGUUUAUGCAUCGAAAGUAAUCUUAACAGAAUUAACGGGUGAUGAAAGUUUAGUGGAUAUCCCACCGCCAAUACGAGAAGUAGCGAAGACAUCAGCAAAAGACGAACAAAUCUCCUUAGAUGUUACCUCGAAGAAACCUAAAGAAGAAGAAAUGAAAGAGGUAAAGACCACUGACAAUAACACUAUUUCUUAUGAAGCAAUUAAUCGCGGUGGUCUAACUGAACGACGCCAAUUGGAACGCGUUUUUGAUAAUGAUACAACGGCACCGUCAACAACAGCAACAGCAAGUUCAAAAUCAGCACAAGUUGGCUUUGAUGCAUUACGUACGAUUGCUCAGUUACAACAACAAUUAGCUGAGUCCGAAGCACGAGCAGCUGGUUUACAAGAGCAAACCAUCACACUGGAUGUUGCACUACGGGAAGCCAAUCAACGUAUUCAACAAUUAGAAUCAAGCCAACGUCCUCAUCAACAAUAA